AUGUUUCCCGCCCAAGCAGGUGCUAAUGAGCUCAAGUCCAGCCCCCAGAACGAGCUAGAUCGUGUUGUAAUCAACUCAAUUCGCUCAGCACAGAACAUAUCGCAGAGCUUCUCGUACUGUAUCCAGCUUUGUGACAGCGAUUCUGAUUCAAGCACCGAUUUAGGAGCAGCCACACUACCUGCUCGCAUUGAUUCAUUUAUAAAGCGUAUUGGAAGAUAUGUCUUCCCGCAGGCAGAACUGACGGAUCUCGUAACUCGGUGCUAUUAUGCUUAUCAACAUCUUGGUGCAUCUUUGAAUGGUGAGGAACGGUGCAAUGGUCGGUCGCAAGCAGAAUGCACAGAUUUGGACGAAUGUAUCGAAUAUGUCCAGAAAAAUUUGGAGCACAUCCAUAGUGUGCAUGAACGAUGUCCAAUUCCAAUGUUUCGUCCAUUCACUGAUGACGAGGCUCAGUUUCUUUCUGAUCUGAACAUGUACAUUCAUUCCAGUCAUUGUUGA